UGGGCUUCUCCAUGGCACGAGAUAACUGCAUGACUGCCUGAGCUAUAUGCUACAAAGCUAUUCCGCUUGCUCGGCCAACACUCGUUCCAGGAGCAUGAUUUCACGCUUGAGAAGUCUAGUGCUUCCAGCUAGAGGCCUCUAUGCUAGACCGAGCGCCGCCUUCACCCAUCAGGUGCUCGUGAACACAGAAACCAGGAGGAGCUUCAAUGUGCUAUCCUCAACAGACGCGGAGCUGACCAAAAGGAGAAAGAGGCUUGCUUGGCGGGCCAAGAGCCGAGGAUGGUUGGAGUUAGAUGUGCUCAUGGGCACUUUUGUGGAGAAGCACAUCACAGAUUUUGAUGAGCACAAGCUGGACUUGCUAGAAGAGGUGUUGGAGCUUGAAAACCCGGACCUUUUCAAGUGGUUUACAAAGCAGGCGUCUGUGCCAGAUGAGCUCCUCAAGGAGAAUGAAGUGAUGCAGUUGAUGAUGGAGUAUGUCAAAGCUGAUCACUCCGGUGAGUUCACCAUCAAAUGACCUUAAAGCCUCUUGGAUAGACAGACUUCAAGCCUUACAGGCUGAUUUUGGCCGUGUGGAUUGGGUGCCUCUUGUUGCAUUUGUUUCGCCACUGUACAGAGUUUCCCUCGGAUUUUCUGCCACUGCUGGCACCAAACACUCGCAGGUGCGUUGGGGGCCUUCGGGGCAAUCUGUUUGACAAAAGGUAAGAAGGGCGGCAGCAACUGGUGGUACAGGCUUUCGGAGGUGACUUUUGGAGGUCGAAGGAGUGCCGCUAAGCUUUGUUCGUGGAUAUUGCUGCUGUUUGGCUUCAGCAGAGCAUGAUCGGGUUCUGACUAGGGUGC